AGUAUAAAUAACGCUGAAAGUUCAUACCUUAGACUAUAAUAAACUUACCAUCGUAAGAUGAAGAUCUACGCUUUCAUAAGUCUUUUGUUGGCCAUUUUGGCGCUUGCAGUCGCAACACCAAAUCCUGAGCCAAAACCUGAACCUAAGUGGGGAGGUGGCGGUGGUGGUGGUGGCGGCGGUGGAAAAUUGUGGGGAGGCGGCGGUGGUGGUGGUGGAGGUGGCGGAAAAUAGAUUCUUUAACCACAUACUACAUACAUUAUCACAGGCGAUUUUUUUUUAGAAUUUGUUUCAAUUUAACAAAAAAUCAUUUAUAAUCUGUUACAAAUCGCUAAUCAAUCAAGAGUUUCGACAUAAAAAAAAAUAAAAUGUUUCAAAACUGAAUAAA